CGCGCCGCCGCGUCCUCGCCUGGCGGCUGCGGGCGGGGGCGCCUCGGAUUGAUCUCCUGAAAUUUAACUUUCAAGAUGAAGUUUUUAUUGGCGAUUGCCUUUUUUAUUUUAAUUUCCUUGUGGGUUGAAGAAGCUUAUUCUAAAGAGAAGUCUUCAAAGAAAGGGAAGGGGAAAAAGAAGCAGUAUCUAUGCCCAUCCCAGCAGUCAGCAGAGGACCUUGCCCGCGUACCCGCCAACUCCACUAGCAAUAUCUUGAAUAGGCUAUUGGUCAGUUAUGAUCCCAGGAUAAGACCAAAUUUUAAAGGCAUUCCUGUUGAUGUUGUAGUCAACAUUUUUAUCAACAGUUUUGGAUCCAUUCAAGAGACAACAAUGGACUAUAGAGUUAACAUCUUCUUGAGACAAAAAUGGAACGAUCCCAGGUUGAAGCUCCCUAGUGAUUUUCGGGGUUCAGAUGCACUGACAGUGGAUCCCACGAUGUACAAGUGUCUGUGGAAACCUGACUUAUUUUUUGCAAAUGAAAAAAGUGCCAAUUUUCAUGAUGUGACCCAGGAAAAUAUCCUUCUAUUUAUUUUUCGUGAUGGAGAUGUUCUUGUCAGCAUGAGGUUAUCUAUUACUCUUUCCUGCCCUUUGGACUUGACCUUGUUUCCCAUGGAUACACAACGUUGCAAGAUGCAGCUGGAGAGCUUUGGCUACACAACUGAUGAUUUACGGUUUAUCUGGCAAUCAGGGGAUCCUGUUCAGUUAGAAAAAAUUGCAUUGCCUCAGUUUGAUAUUAAAAAGGAAGAUAUCGAAUAUGGUAACUGUACAAAAUACUAUAAAGGCACUGGGUACUACACGUGUGUGGAAGUCAUCUUCACCCUGAGGAGACAGGUCGGGUUUUACAUGAUGGGUGUCUACGCCCCCACCCUGCUGAUAGUGGUUCUCUCCUGGCUUUCCUUCUGGAUCAACCCGGACGCAAGCGCUGCCAGAGUGCCCCUGGGUAUCUUCUCAGUACUCAGCUUGGCCUCCGAGUGCACAACCCUUGCUGCUGAACUUCCCAAAGUAUCCUACGUGAAGGCCCUUGAUGUGUGGCUCAUUGCUUGUCUUCUCUUUGGGUUUGCUUCUCUGGUGGAGUAUGCUGUCGUGCAGGUGAUGUUGAAUAACCCCAAACGAGUCGAAGCAGAGAAAGCCAGAAUUGCAAAGGCUGAGCAGGCAGAUGGAAAAGGUGGACAUGUAAAUGCUGCUAAAAAGAAUACUGUGAAUGGUACAGGGACUCCUGUUCACAUUAGCACUUUGCAGGUUGGAGAGACAAGAUGCAAAAAGGUUUGCACCUCUAAGUCUGACCUGAGGUCUAAUGACUUCAGCAUUGUUGGAAGCUUACCAAGAGAUUUUGAAUUAUCCAAUUAUGACUGCUAUGGAAAACCUAUUGAAGUCAACAAUGGGCUUGGGAAAUCUCAGGCAAAGAACAACAAGAAGCCACCCCCUGCCAAACCUGUUAUUCCAACAGCAGCUAAGAGAAUUGAUCUUUACGCAAGAGCAUUGUUUCCUUUCUGCUUCUUGUUCUUCAAUGUUAUAUAUUGGUCUAUAUAUUUAUGAUAAAUCUUUUUCAUUUGUGUAAAAUAAAAUCCCAUGUCAUUGUGACCAACCUCAUUCAUAAAUGCCAGUCUGAAAAAUUUUGCAUUUUCAUAGCAAUAUAUUGCAUUUUGGAUGCCAUGUGAUUGUAAUAAAAAUGUGGCACCUAACUUUCGAAUGGCAGCAUGAUCUUGUUACGUCUGUGCUCUACUGAUGAUGUAUAUAUGUAUAGCAAACAUAUUGCUUUAGGAAUAAAUGAAGGAUAAGCAUACUCCAUACAAUAAAAUCUAAACCGUUCUCUUCGGUUAGUGUAAAUUGCAAAUAUUUCACAUAAUUCUGAUAAUAAAAUGAUGUGCACGCUGGAUCCUGUUAUGAUGACCACUCUAAUGUAUGUAGUAUUUCAAAUUUCCUUCCUUGUAACUUUCAGAGAAAGCCAUCUUAUUCUUGUAUAAUUUUAGAUGGUACUAUCACAGAUUAAGCAAAAAUUAUAUUACAUAUUGUUUAAACUUUGUAAGUAGAAAUAUAUUAACUAUAAUUAUGUGGGCUCUGUGGAGAAAUAAAGUUCAAAAAGUUA